AGAAAAAAAUUAGUUUCCCUUCAUUCCCACAUGACUUGAUAUUCAGGAGGUUUGAAAACACUGUUUCAAAGAGAUAAAUGUUGACACAUCAACAGCAUAUACAAGCUUCAUGCAUGAACUGUAUAUUGGGGCUCUGAGAAUAACAACUGAGGUCUUGGAGGGGGAGGAGGAUGCUGCAAUGAUCAAGCUCCUCAGUCUACAACCUGACUGGCUACAAUGACAGCCAACUCAAGGGUGCAGGGGGAGCAGGAGCAGUGACACAGCAGGUGAAGUUGCAAAAUGGCAUUAAGGACAGGUCUGCUGAAAGACGGAAGCUGGAUCAAAAAAGCUGAUGAUGAGGAGGAAGAUAUCGACCGUGACCCAAAUUUUGGAAAAACUAUUUUGGGCAAGCGCAAUUCCGGUGAAAGUAACUCAAGUAUACAGAGUGAAGAGAUAAACACCACCAGAAGCACAACUACAUCAUCUGUGCAGGCUCUUAGCAAGAGAUUCGGUGGAAGUUCGGAUGACCUCGUGGGAAGCCCCACCAGUUACAAGCCUAAUUCAAGCACCACAACCACCACGGUCACCAAGGAUGGAAAGACCACUGAGACCACCAUCACCACCUCUGGGGGUCUCAGAUCUCCUGUGAUCAAAAGUCCAACCAAGACGGACACGUUCACUGAGCGGGUGCUUAAGGCUUCAAGCAAAGGGCAACAAUUCUCACCCCUCUCACCAACCAAAACAACUAAAGUGUUGGAGACAACUGUUACCACCAAUAAAGAGGCGGAGGACGGACUUUACGACACACUCAUCCCCAAGUCAAUCACGGAUAAUUUCUCACCCAUAAACAGCAAAACAACCGUCUCCACGACUGAGACGGUGCUGGUGAAAGGAAGCCCUGGCACCGAUUCGGAGGACAAACUGUUCGACACUCUCAUCCCCUCAUCUGUCAAGAAUACUUACUCACCCAUGGACAGUGAAACAUCCGUCUCCAGCACUGAGACGGUGACAGUGAGAAGCAGCAAUAAUGGAGAUGUUAAAACUACGACCACAACAAGAUCUUCCUCAAGUGCUGAAGAUGACCUGUAUAGCACCCUGCUGCCUAAAGCCAUUACAUCAGGCCUGAGCCCUUCCAUCAGCAGUAGCAGCAGCAGCAGCAUCACAAGGAGGGAGUACAUCACUGUGGAGAGCAGCAGAGGGUUGGAAACUCAAAUUUCGUCAUCACCAACUUCCACCCGCAGAACCACCAGCUACAGCUCAUACAAUGAUGAUAUUCCCUCCUCCCGCACCACCUCCUACACCAUCAAUACCAAGUCAAGUGACAUCUAUGAUACUGACAACAAAAGCUACUCCUACUCCAAACCAGACUCCAGUUACAACAGCAUCAGCAGUCCGUCUUCCUACUCCUCGACAACCUACAGGAGCAGCAGCAGGUCAGAUGACAGUCUGUCAGAUCCCAUCUACUCCAGAUCCUCCACAAAGAAUGUGUAUGGAUCCUCCGAAAGGGCAGUGCUUGAGAAGGACCUGUGCACCUACUGCCAUAAGCCCUUCACUGGUGAUGCCAAGAUGGUCCUGGAUGAGAUGAAGAUCAACUGUCAUGUUACCUGCUUUAAAUGUGAGGUGUGUAACAGAACUCUGGAACAUCUGAAAGCUGGGGACAGCAUGUGGGUCUACAAACACAUGGUGCACUGUGAAAACUGUUUUGACUCCACAAGAGAGAGAUGGAGACUCUGAGUUCCUCCCAGGCCAUCACUGGAGAUGUAAUACAAGCAGUCAUAAGAACACAUUAUUAAAGAUCAGAUGGUUAAAUGUUUAGCAACUAUUUAAUCAUCAUUAUUUGGGUGACAUUGGGAAUACUGUACUUAUAUUUUAACAAGCUUGCAAAGCUCUAUUUAGAUCAUUUAAAAACAUAUUGAAUGUACUUUUCACUAACAUACAUACAAUAGCUCAGGUAGUUCAGUUGUAACUGUGUCCUUAACAUCACUGUCUGUUUUAACCCCUUUCAUGAGUUUGACAUAGCACUUCUUGCAUUCUAGUCUGCAUCAAGUAGUGUGAGACACAAUAUAAGAUUCUGUUAGACUUAAGGCCGGGGGCUUUUCUUUGUGCAAUAAAGGGAAUCAAACAUUCUAACCUAA